UCUGUGGUUAUGAUCAUGGAGGGCUUUGUCUAUUCCCCCUUCAGCACAUUCUCCACUUUCAGGAGCAGCCUCACGCCGAGCCGCAGCGGGGAUUCGGCAGUGAAGCAGCCCAGCUGGAAGCAAGGCAAGAGCGGCGGCAUCAGCCCUUUCCUCGGAGGGCCUCUCACCCCUAUGCCCUCCGACUACCUGGACAGCUGCCGCCGGGCCCACCUCCAGGCCCUGCUGUCUCAGAUGAGCCCGGGGCUGGCGCCGCCACUGCGCCGGACCAGCACCCGGGAGGCUGGCGUGCAGGUGAGCAUGCGGGCCGAUGCCGCGGUGCAGUGCUCGCUGGGGCCGCGCACGCUGCCCUCCGGCCGCCCGCUGAGUCCCGUGGCUCGCCGCGCCCUGGGACACCUUGCCCUCUACUCGCCCAUGACGGACAGGCGCCUCUUCACGCUGCCGGAGGCCGCCGCACCCCAGGAGAAGGAGGCAGCGACUGGGACGACCGCCGAGGCGCAGGCGGUGGAAGAUGACAGCAGGCAACAGCAGGAGGGGCAGGCUGAGGCCGCGGGGCCGAGCACGGAGGCGGUGUUCCGCCGACGGGCUGUCUUCCAGUUUUUGGAGCAGAAGUAUGGCUAUUUCCACUGCAAAGAAUGCAAGACCAGAUGGGAGAGUGCUUAUGUGUGGUGCAUUUCUGGAAGCAACAAGGUGUACUUCAAGCAGCUAUGUCGCAAAUGCCAAAAGGCCUUCAAUCCCUAUCGAGUGGAAGCAAUCCAGUGCCAGACCUGUUCAAAGACUCGUUGUUCCUGCCCUCAGAAGAAAAGACACAUUGAUGUCAGGAGACCUCAUCGCCAAGAACUCUGUGGCCGCUGCAAAGGCAAGAGGUUGUCCUGUGAUAGCACUUACAGCUUCAAAUACAUUGUCUGAUCUGUGUGCCCUCCUUAUGUUUUGUGCUUUCCUCUUUGUCAAUCUCCUACAAUGUUUUGACUUUAGGCUUUUGACCUGGCAUUGGAUAAUGGAUAAAGACUU